UUUCCAGUAUGAAGAUACACGACCAGUCAUGGAGUGGAUAUGUGCCAACCUCUCCGCAGCAAAUGUACUAACCCAACAAGAGGUUGCUCUAUACAUGGAGCUAGUGCAAGAUGGAAAGGUUCUGGAAGGGGAAGACUUGGAUGCUGCAUUUGCAAGCAUCUCAGCAUUCGAGUCGGACCGCUCCAUUGCGGACGCCGUGCUGGGGGUGGAAGAGUCUGCCAAGCUGCUGCGGGAGGAGACUGCGGCGCUGAGGGCGGAAGCGGAGGCGCUUCGGCAAAGGAGCCAGAGGAUGCUGGCACAGCGGGACCUGCUGGCGGCGCAGGACGCGGAGCUGGUGCACAAGCGCAGGGUGGUGGCCAAAACAGCGGACGCUAGUAGGAGGGCCAGGCUGGCGGCUGUAGAGGACCAGCUGGCCAAGCGGAACGCAGAGAUGAAUCAGGUUCUGGAGGACUUGGCGAGCGCGGCCGAAGAGCUGGCCGGCCACCACUCUCAGGACGGGGACCAGGUCUACCUGUCGGUCCAGGACAUGAGAAAUUUCACCUCCCAGGAUGCUAGCUGUUCGCAUCAGCUGGACGCGUACUUCACGCGCCAGUUCCACGAGGGGCCCACAGCGGUGGUGGCGCGGCAGGGCAUAGCGGACUGCUCCUGGGUCGUGCUGGAUGACCUCAGUGACCGGUUCGUCAAAGGCGAGUCAGCGUCGACGUACGCGCAGCGCGUGCUGGAGCUGCGGCGGCUGCGCGCCAUCUUUGGCAUCAGCGAGCGGCAGUGGGUGGACGCCCAGGCGGAGCGCGCGCGCCAGCGGGAGGUCCUGCGCGUCGCGCGCCUGCAGCAGGCAGAGAGCCAGCAGCCCGCACACCUGCGCAGCGGCACGGAUGCUCUGCGGCGGCGGCAGGCUGACGCAGAGGCGGCACUGUAUGGUGCGCGCGGCAAGGAGGCGGCGUUGCGGGAGGGCGCAGUCGCGGCGCUGUGCUGGGACCUGGCGGCGCUGCAGGACACGUACAUCCUGGAGGGGGACUACGACCUCAAGAUCAUGCGCCACGAGUACUACCUGCAGCAACAGAAAAAGUUCAUUGGGUACCUGGUGGCCCAGCAGGCGCGCCACCUGUUCCUGCAGCUAGCGUGCUACAUGGAGCAGUGCGGCCACCGGGGAGCCCACGACCUGCUCUGUGUCGCGCACCGGGAGGUCGAGGCACUCGUGCGGGCGACCGAGACCAGAAGUGAGCGUUGCAGCGAGUUGAAACGACUUGCGACCCAGGCGCAGGCCCCAGCGGUGAUUGACGAAAGGGAUCCCCUGCUGAGCCGACUGCGGGAUCUGCUCGGCAGCGAGAAAGAUCGGUCGGCCGGGCCCCCCUUGGCGACUGCGGACGCGCUGGUGCGGCGCCUGCGGCAGCUGCAGGGCGACGUGCGCGCGCAGCGGCGCGAGCUGGACGAGCGGCUGGCCACGGACAAGCGGGACGUCACCGCGGACCUGUACGGCCUCAUCCACCAGAUGCAGCGGCGGCUCUUCGGGGCGGCCGCGACCGUGCAGCCAGUGCUCACGCCCCCGGAGGUUCGGGACGCUCUCUCGGAACUGGAGGCGGCCAACCAGGAGCUGUCCGGGGUUAUCGAGAAGGUGUCGAACGAGCACCGCCACCGCGCCGAGAUCGUGCGGCACCACCCGCACGAGAUCGGCCUGGAACGACAGGUUUUCGUCGAUUUCUUUAGCGCGCCCGAUCGUCUGCGCGCGCAUGUUCACGAGCUUCAAGAGAGGGUACGAGCGCACGACAUAUCCGCGGACUUCCUCCAGCGGACUGCUUGA